CAAACUACCCACAUGAUUUUUAACAAUGGAAAUAAUUGCAAGGCUUUCCUCCCUGAUUUGAUUUUGAAAAAACCGAAACGCGAUCGCCAACUACAGCCAUGCCCUACGGCACCUGGAUCAACGUCGACAAUGUCACGCUUCUUGUCGAUGGGUUUCUCCACAAGGACCGGCGCAAGUGCAAGCACUACAUUUUGUCCCACUUCCAUGCGGACCACACGCAGGGUCUGGACGCGGAUUUCAACCACGGCUUGAUCUACGCGACGCCCUGUACUGCGGAAUUGAUUGUAAGACUCACGGGCGUACGCGAAAGCUUCUUGCACCAAAGCUGCCGAGAAGCGAUACUUGACGUCGACAAUAUUACUCCAUCGAGGGCACAUCCCCAGCGGAGAUUGGCACUACCGCAUAAUGAAGAUGCUGAGGCCGCGACAAGAAUUACAGGCAGCGCAGAGGUAGCGGAUGUCGCCUUCAACACAGGGAAAGCGAAAGGCGCGGGCAACAAGAAUAUUAGGAGUGCAAGAACCCGUCAAGCGUUUCUCGGCCGAGAGAUUCACGUCGAGGACGAGGUUUACCUAACUUUCCUGGACGCCAACCACUGCCCCGGUGCCGCGAUAGUUUUCGUGUACUCGAGGAAAUCAGGCAAAUGCGUGCUCCACACGGGCGAUUUCCGCGGCGCAAAAGUCGUCCAGGACGAUUGCGCGCGGUGGCUGGGCGAGAGGAAAGAUUGGAUCCCAAAAGUCGAGACGUUGUACCUCGACAACACGUACUGCAAGCCAAGAUUCCAGUACCAAACAAAAACUGUUUGUCACAAGCAAUCAACAUGCGCAGUUCUGCAACGCAAAACUGUCUAUCAUGUUCAUGCGUAAAAAUGGUUGCAUUACAGUCAAGUUUCAUGCGCGAUUGUUCGCCUUAUUGUGAUGUUCGUCUUUUAUGCAAUUAUCCUACAGGAAUGCGAUACCGAUACAACGUAGAAGAAUUUGUAUUUAUGAAAAACCUGCAAGAAUAGUAAAUUUGGACGAACUUUUUUCGUUUCCAUAUCCAGUUUCCCGACCUGCAAUUAGUCUUCGAAAAGACGCGCGAGUAUUGUCGGGAACUGUUUGAUACGAUAUCCAGAGCAGCCAGAGCGGCAAAAGAAGAUGAAGCAGAAGGAAUGGACGGAAAGACAGGGAGUGUGCUGGUUUUGAUCGGAACCUACUCGAUCGGCAAAGAAAACUUCGUGCAGGCAGUGCACGACGGGUUUAAUAACUCACGUGUACUGGGACAAAAUGAUAUCGGCGGGAGCAAAAGUGCAUCAAGCCCUGUUGACCCUGUGAAGAUCCAGAGCCCUUAUCGCUGGCGGCUCCAGAAAAUUGUCCGCAAGCACUACAGGGAGGAAUUUGGGACACUUUUCCGGGGACCAACGUCAUCGGCUUCUACUUGUCAGAAAACCAAGAAAAUCGGUUUGGCGGGUGACGUCGACGAGUUGUGUAAUCAACAUGGCUCCUCUGUAACUUUCGAGCUUCACACGACCCGUCUUGAAGCCUUGUCGUUCGACAAGCUGGCAAAAUUUUACCUGCACAACCCAACGGAAGAUUCGAAAUUUGGCUGUGAUAAGAAAAAGCGCGUGAUCAGAGUGGAUGCAGACUACUUGUUGGAGUCAAAGACGACCGGCGUUGUGGCCGAAGAUCGCGGUCGCAGCAAAGACCCACCACCUGGGGGCGGCCACGAUCUUGUCGAAAGAGGAUCGAGCGCCGCCUCAUCGUCCUCGUCCUGCUCUAGCAUUUCUUGUGCGAUUGGUGGCCAAGGGAGCAACAUGGGCGUCGAUCCUACAACUAAAACCAUCAGCAGGGUACUUAGUGUGGACGACGAUGUGAAAGUAAGCGAAGAAGAAGGGAACGCAGACGGCGACGAAGGCAUUGAGCAUGAGCAGUUCGAAGGUUUCCCUGAGAAAGCAGUAGGAGCUGGUGCGCUACGUCCCGUGGUCAACACAGUGACAGUCACCGAGGAAAGUCAGGACGAGGGUCACGUACAACAGGAGCAAGACAAGAAAAAGUACGACCGUGUGAUCGCGUUUCGACCCACCGGCUGGACGUGGAGCAACAAAGAGCGAAAUGUUAUCAAGGAGUUCACGAGCAAAGACGGCAGAAUCACCAUCGCACACUGCGCUUAUUCCGAGCAUUCGAGUUUUCUAGAAUUACAGCAGUUUGUCAACGUGAUAAACGCAAACAGCGUUCUCCCCACCGUGCCGGACGACACGUUGGACAUGAAGAAGUUCCUGAGCUACUUCACCAGCGAAGCUGACCGUUGUAACGGGAGCAAAGCGAAAGCAGCUGCGACGUCCUCCGGUGCCACUGCGAAGAAGCCAAAAGCGAAAGCGAAGCAGGCGGGCGGAAGAAAGGUGGGCAGUGCGAAAGCAGCUGCGGAGAAGCAGAAGGAUGCUGCGGGUGCAAAGAUGCUGGAAAGUUUUUUUGUCAAUCCUGUCAGCAACCAAAAUCAUGAUGCCCAGAUGAAAAGCGGAACCGGUGCCACAUCAAGCACAAGUACUGCUGUUGAGAAGAUGGAGAUGAGGCUUGUGCCUUUCGCUUCGACACAAGCGAAGCCGAAGUUGGAGGCUAUGCCGGCUUCGCAGCCUUCCGCGAAAAAACAUCAAGGAGGGGACAAAAUUAUUGCAUCCCCAGGUCAGACUUCAACUUCAUCGAAGAUGAAGAAGCAAAAAACGCCAAAGAAAGCGAGCAGCGUAGCAGCAGCUACUGGGCAUAAAGCUCCAGCGCUGGCUGCUGCGGCAAAUCUGUCAAGCGCUAUCAUUGAGUCGGUAAACCGCGAACAGACGAGCGCGGAAAAAGGCGCCGCGAACAGACUCGCAAAUGAGCCCGCGGCCCAAAGCGCCGGGCCGCAGCUCGGUCGCAAGCAGCUGAAGAUAUCCGAUUUUUUCAAGACGCAAUCCAGCCCGGAGUGCCAGGCCAGAAGACUCCGAGAGCAGAAGGAGCUCGAGCGGCGAGGCGAGGCGCCCUUGCAGUACCUGCCGCCAACUCCCAAAAGCGAGGAACGCGAGCCCGUUGCGAAGCGGCGGAAGAUCGAGUACGACGUGAAGAGUAGGAGCUACGUUGAACGGGUGGAGUACGUGGAGGUUGGCCCGACCCGGAAAGUUUUUGCGAGUAAGCCGAAAAAUGACAACGCCUUGCCGGAAAUGAAACUGACAGAAGUAGAGCGUGACCGGGUGGUCAUUGAACUCUCGGACAGCAGCGAAUCCGAUAAAGAUAUGAUGCAAGAAAAGGAUGCGGGCGAUGCCGCAAAAAUGGAGGCGAAAUCCAAAAACAAAGAGCACGUCGCAUCCGCUUCGCAGAUCCGGCCGCCGCAAGCGCCGGCGGCCCUUUCGCCAAGUCAGCCGCAUCAAACGACCCCAGUUUCGCCGGACAGAGAUGACGUAAUCGAUCUCUCUUCCUCCUGUUUGUCGCUCUCGUCCCCGUCGCCAGAAAAGGGCAAAGCGAGCGCCGCGCCCUCACUGAAGAUGGCAGUAGCUCCUGUAGCCGCUGCAGCUGCGCCGCCACCAGCAAGAACAGCACCUUGCUCGUCUAAGGACAACAAGACCGCUACAACAGCCGCUGCAGCUGCACUAGGCCAUCCUACGGCCACCGCCACUACAGCCACCGCCAGCACGGGCCCAGCUUCCUUUUGGAACUACUAUAUCCAAACUGGCGGCUGGGGCAGCGGCUCUUCGUCGUCCGCAUCCACCACGUCGGCUGCUAUGGUUGUAUCGAAAACGGACCACUUAGAGUCCAGCAGUUUCUCCGUCACUGGCUACCUAGCCUCAGAGGAAGGUAGAAACCACUUUCCGAACCUCUACUCGCCUGAGCAUAAUAAUUCUUCGUCUACUUCAUCCAGUAUUAAGGACCGACCCAAGCGGCCCAACAUCCCCAUGUCCUUUGCGGCUCGCGCACUCACGCUGGCCGAGGAGUCAAAGAACACGGGAAAGGGAUCGAACAAGAAGCGCAGCGUGAUCCUGACCAACUUCUUCCGCACGAUAUUGAAGGUGAACCAACAAGACUUGGUGCACGCGGUUUACUUCAUUUUGUCCAAAAUUUCCCCGGAGUACGAGAACUUGGAAGUUGGUGUCGGGUCGGCGUCGAUUCUGAAGACCAUUUCCACCGUGCUAUCCACCACGCCAGACGCACUGACGCAAUUGGUGAAAGAUAACAAAGCGGAGGACCUAGGCGAGGCGGCGCUCAUCAUGCGGAUGCGACAACCGAAAUUUUUUGCCAGUACAACGACGAAAAAUUCUGCUGGAAACACCUUGUCGAUAAAGCGUGUGGUGACAGAUGUACGGGAGAAAGUGGCGAAAACGUCUGGAAAGAACUCGUUGAAAACCAAACUUGAUGUGAUGCAGAAGUUGCUCGCAUUGGCCAGUCGCGACGAGGUGAAGUACUUGAUUCGGUUUUUGGAGAACAACAUGCGCAUUGGGAUCAAGUCCGCAACAGUGUUACAAUGCUUGGCGCACGCGUUCGUCUGGGAAAGAUUAGUUGAUAGAAGAGAACCUGAGCCUUCAGCAGGUUCGAACAGUAAGCAGGAGGAGCUCCGACAAGUAGAACUACAACACCCGCCCAUCGAUCCCGUUUUCGCGGACGAAGUUCUGACGCUCGUAGAAGUGACGUUUCGCCGCUGUUUCUCCGAGUACCCCAGCUACGACCGGCUAGUAGAAGUCUUUCUCGAAGCGUUGCAGCAGCAAGACGGCACCGAAGAUGCGCCCCCACGACACGCUGUCGGAGACGAUAAAAACGUGGUCUUAUGCAAUGCAAAAGCAUCGUACUAGUAUAAAUCGCAUGACAAAUUCCCUCAGCAUGAAAAAUGGAAUUUGUAAUGCGGAUUUAGGAUAGGAGGGAGAUUUGUAAUGCAUGAUUGCGAAUACUACGAGUACGAUACUUUUGCACAGGAUAGGUCUCUUACUUCCACAAUAUCUGCGAACAGCAUUUUGCUUCCCGUUGCACCAUCACCCGGGGUAUCUAUGAACUGCAAAAGUAUCGUAGUCGUAUAAAUGCAUUACAAAUUUCCUCAGCAUGAGAAAUAAAAUUUGUAAUGCGGAUUUGCCUUUAAGAAAAAGAUUUGUAAUGCAUGAUUGCAAUACGAGUGCGAUACUUUUGCACAGGAUAGUAUCCCCGUGAAGCCGAUGUUGGCCAACCCAGCCCGGGCCUUACAGGAGCUGACCACCCGGUUUCAACGAAACAAAAUCGGCGCCGAGUUUAAAUACGAUGGGGAGCGGGCACAGAUUCACAUCUUUAGGAGACGCGCGGGGGCCACGACGAAGCAAAAUAAAGCUCCCACAGCUGCUGCUGCGGCACAAAUGGCGAUAUUACGUGUCGAAAUCUUUUCCCGUCGUUGCGAGAAGAUGACCGAGAGAUACCCGGACGUGGUGUAUCAAGUGUAAAAAUGUCUGGGUCUGGAAGAGUGUGAGACUUGUCAUGCAGGUUUUCCAUGACCCAUGAGGUCUGGCAUGUGGGACAUAGCAUGACAGAUUCUGUGCGAGUUCCAUCAUGCCUAUCCUGCAUGAGAAACUGCCUGUCGAGUAGGUCAAAAGUGGACAGCUUUUGGCAAGCAUGCAACACAGAUUUUCGCAUGCUUCAGAUUUAGCAUGACAUUUUUACUUUUGAUAUGGUGCAGACCAUCGAAAAAAACCUGCGAGAGGAUGUCGAGGAAGCAAUUUUUGAGUGUGAGGUCGUACCCGUGGCGGUGGAUGUUGCGACGGGGGCAACAGGAACAGCAGCUUUGGCUAGGAGUAGCGAGGAACAACAAGAACCACUACUUGCGAGCGAUUUUAUCCAAACAGCUGAUGCAAAGCGCACUACGGAAACAAAUACCGGUGAAGAAGUAGAUCAUCGAGGUGUAGAACUUGUUCCAAACAGGAGCGCCGCAGCGACGAAUGUUAAAUUCCCGACAACAUUCAAGCUCCUUCCCUUCCAGAAGCUCUCGACUCGGGGGCGAAAAGACGUGCAGCUAAAAGACGUGAAGGUCCCCGUGUGCCUUUUCAUGUUCGAUCUGCUACUGUUGAACGGCGAGGUGAUGGCGAGGAAAGAUUUGAGGACAAGGCAGAAGUUCUUGGCGGAAAGGAUUUUCCGAAAGACAUGCGAAAAUAGCGAAAAGAACGGAUGCUACACUUACACAGAUGAGACUGUCGCUGACGAAUUCCUCAGCCAGCCAAUUGUGCCGCAGAAAAUCCACGUCGUCGCACCAGAAGAGUUUCAGCUCGUGGGAGGAGAACAACACAUACACAACCAAAAUUCUGAAGGCCUCGUGGCAGAGGACGAGCCUUCUGCGGAAGUGGAAGGCACGACGAAGACGAAGACGUCCAUCGUGGUCUCGAACAAAGCAGAUUCAACCCCCCCUAGUCGUGCUGAAGGGCAAAUGAAUGUGACCGCGUUUGCGGAACGGAACGACCAACGACUGAACGAGCUGCUGAACCUUUCGGUUAAAAACGGCUGCGAGGGACUGAUGCUGAAGUCUUUUCAAUCCACGUACGAAUCCUCCAAACGCUCCUACGAGUGGCUGAAACUGAAGAAGGACUACAUCGAAUCGAUAUGGCGCUCUCAGAUAUUGUUGCGUGAAUCGCUGUAUACAUAAAUUUCUGCUUGUAACGCAAGACUGGUAAACGCAAAAGCCGGAAGCUUGCGCUUGUUCCAGCAUAACAUUCAUUCAUUUCAAGUUCAAUGCUUUCGAAUUCAUUCAUCCAUCCGAGAUUGAGGCUUGUGCUUGUCUUGCGAAGCUGCAAGUAGCCUCAUUACGCAGAUGAAAGUGAAGCAGGUUGUGCACCAUGACAAAUCAAGCAAAAGGCUUCAUGUGUUAUUAGCGAUCAGUGCAACGCUUGAGAGCGGCAUUAUCCACGGGCGACACCUUGGACGUCACGGUGGUGGGUGUGUUUUACGGGAACGGAAGGCGCGCGGGCUGGUUCGGUUCGUUUCUGCUGGCAGUAAGGGCGGGUAGCGGGGAUGAGAAACGAGCGAGUAUUGCUAUUGAGACGGACCGAAUAUUACGUCACCAAAUGGUCGGCGACACUGAAGAAGGCUAUGACGACCAGGAAGGGCCCUGUCCUGACGAUGAUGUGCAAAUGAACGGAGAUGAAACCUCUGUUCCAUCCUGCUCCAUCCGCUACCAAACCCUGUCGAAAUGCAUGUCCGGCUUCACAGACAAGGAGUUGAUCCGCAUGCGGGAAGUGUUCUCGGCGAAGAUUUUACCGGAGAAGCCCGCGUAUGUCGACUGCUCCAUGAACCCGACCAUAGUUCCAGAUGAGUGGAUCGAACCGUGCGAAGUUUGGGAAGUGAAAGGCGCGGACUUCCAAAAGUCUCCGGCGCACACGGCGGGCGGCCCCUUGCCGGCGGGGCUGGACGCCGGGGGCACUGCGGGAACCACCGGUGUUCGCAAUGCAGCUGACGAGAGCGCUAAAAGGACAGAUCCAGACGUCGACAUGGUUGAGGCAGGCGAUCCGAACGAUGACGAAAUUGAUCAAAUAGAUGACUUCUAUUGUGGCAUAGGUUUGCGCUUUCCCAGAUUUGUGCGCGCGAGGCACGAUCUGCAGCUGAAGGAUAUUGUGACCGGAGGGAAAAUUUUGGAGUUAUACAAAAGCCAAGCCACGAUAGGAGCUUCCUCGUCAGGCAUGGCAGGAGGUGCGGUUGCGGGAGACGGGCCGAAAAGAAAAACAAGCGGAAGCGCACUUGCUGAUGUUGUUUCGGAAGAAAGAGGAAAUGAAGUUGUAUUCUCGCGAAAGAAGCUGUCAAUGACAGUGGCUGCCUCAUCAGCUACCGGUGAUGAAUUGAAAAAUAUACAAGACAAACAGAAUGGUGACGACGACCACGAUCAAGAUGACGAAGACUCAUCGUGAGCAUCAUACUUCUACGCCUAACCGAUUUACGUCAGAGCUCCUGCAAGUGCAACACAUCGCCGCUCGAACGAUUCAUUACGAUUCAGUGUUCUACUAUGAACUUCUAAGUAUAUGCGUAGGCUUGUAAUAUGUGGUCCUGGUCCUGUUCAUCCUUUUCCUUAGCAAAUAG